AUGAACGGGAAUAAAAAGAUAAAGAAUAAGGCUGCUUUACGGCGUGCUAAAGCCAAGGAGAAGAAGGCGGCUACCCAAAUUAUGGAGUACGUCCCUGAGCAGUUGGAUGUCACUGCUGCUGGCAUCGAAGCAUUCUCCAAUGUCUUUGCGCGCUUUCAGGCAGCAUCUCAAGAAUAUUCCGAUGUGGUUGAGGAGCCAUCCAAAGGCGAAAUUAUCUACUCAGACGAGGAGCAGGAAUCGGAUGAAGGAUCUGACGCCGAGGCACCAAAACCCCUAUCCAAGAAAAAACAGCGGAAGGCAAAUCGGCUAUCCGUUGCUGAACUGAAGCAACUUGUGAAGAAACCAGAAGUUGUUGAAUGGACAGAUGUGUCUGCCUUGGACCCUCGACUAUUGCUACAUCUCAAAAGCACAAGAAAUUCUAUUCCUAUCCCGCAGCAUUGGAGUGCCAAACGGGACUACCUUCAGGGGAAACGCGGUAUAGAGAAAGCACCCUUUCAACUCCCCGCGUUCAUUGCCGACACUGGCAUUGGAACCAUGCGGGAUGCGAUCAAGGAAAAGGAGGCCAAUAUGUCGUUAAAGGCAAAGACCCGUGAGAGAGUGCAGCCAAAAAUGGGUAAAAUGGACAUUGACUACCAAAAACUACAUGACGCAUUCUUCAAGUACCAGACAAAGCCCCCCUUGACGUUGUUCGGUGAAGUGUAUUAUGAAGGGAAAGAAUUUGAGACAUCUCUCAAGGAGAAGCGACCCGGUGAACUUUCCCCCGAACUUGUUGAAGCACUCUCCAUCCCUCCCCUUGCACCCCCUCCGUGGCUUAUUGCCAUGCAACGAUUUGGCCCCCCGCCAAGUUAUCCUACACUUCGGAUACCUGGGUUGAAUGCGCCGAUCCCAGAAGGGGCUCAAUGGGGUUUUCACCCAGGUGGUUGGGGCAAGCCGCCACUCGAUGAGUACAACCGGCCGUUGUACGGUGAUGUGUUUGGUGUCCUCCCUAAACCUGUAGAUCAGAGCUCCGGUGAGCCAAUUGAUCGUACCCUAUGGGGCGAGCCUGAUCCGGAAGAAGAUGAAGAGCCGGAGGAAAGUGAGGAAGAGUCUGAUGAAGAGGAAACAACUGAAAUUGUUGCCACUGAUGGAAUGCAAACUCCGUCUGGGCUCGAAACACCUAGCGGGAUGCACAGUGUCGUGUCUACCGUCCCAGGUGGCCUCGAAACACCGGACUUCCUUGAACUUCGCAAGGGUCGUGCCCAAUCUGAAGUUUCGGAUACAUCUUCAUCCAACCGCACACUGUAUCAAGUCGUUCCGGAACGACAGGCAAACAUUCGCGGGCUCAUGGGCAGUGAACGUGCAUAUGAUGUGUCUGGUCUUGCCAACUCAGUGAACGCGCCUGUUCUCGGGGCUGAUGACCGUGGAUCCAAGCGGAAGGCCAACGGAGUGGAUGUAUCGAUUGAUUCUGCCGAAGAAUUAGAGGGGCUGACAGAGGCGCAGCUACGGGCGAAGUAUGAGGCUGCAUCGCGUGGAAGUGCAGGUGUUCCUGGGGCUGGGAAUCGGGAAGACUAUUCGGACAUGAUUGCGAAAGAAAUGGCAAAGAAGAAGCAGAAGAUGGAGAAAGAGAGGAGUUCCCGUGGAAAAGAGAAGGAAUUCAAGUUCUAG